AUGGGUCGCCGGGUGUGGUGGUACUUGAUAGCGACCGACUGGCUGUUGGCCGCGAGGUAUGGCGGUCCAGGCGAGGGCGUGUACCAGGCCAACCCGCGUCAAAUGAUAGUGAAAAAGCCGCGCAACAUCAAUGACGUGGACUUGCUUGACGCCGGACUGCACCUAGACUUACCCAUCUCCCAACCGACCGAGAUGUCGUACUUCCUCCAACGGCUUCGCCUUGCCGAGAUUUCGCGUAGCAUUGUCGACCACACCCCUAUGGCUGUGACGAGCGCAGGCGGGGCGAGUUACUACGCUCAUGUCACAGCCAUGGAUUUUGAGCUCGAUCAGAUGAUCCACGACAUCCCAUCUUUCUUCCAUCUCGAUACCUACGAGUGCAGUGCCGACUCCACAACACGCGGCAUAUUCAUUCAAGCCUACUUACUCAACUCGGUGAUCCACACCCAGCGCUGUAAAUUGCACCUCACAUAUCUGACAUCCGGACCGAACAACAACCCCGCCUACACCUCCUCACGAGAGACAUGUCUCAAGUCCGCGCGACAGCUCAUCCGCGCUGAAGCACAGCUCGAGCGUGCCCAGCAUUCCUUCGUGCAGAUCCGACUGCGCUUAUCCGCCAUUCUGUAUGGCGUCUUCAUGGCGAGCAUUGUACUCCUGAUGGACGCGUGCGUCAACGGAACCGGCUCACUGCAGGAUGAAAUCCGCUAUGGGGAGGUCGCUGAGGCCCUACGCAUACUGGAGGAUGCAAGAAGCCACUCGCUAGCUGCCGCGAACCUGCUCGAGUCACUAACACAGGUCUUGGCAAAGCAUCGCGCCCAGCAGCAGAUCUCACGGGUAUCUGAUCCGCUGCAGCUGGGGGGAGCCUCUACUACUGCUGCCACCAGUACAAAUCCGGUCAUGGGUGUCACGACCGCGCAAAUGUACCAGAGGCCCGAUACACUAUCACUCGCGGGAACUCCGAACCCUGUUGAUACGAACAAAAGCGGUCCGACGGUUGCUGUUCCUGACCAAAUGCCUCCCACAACCGGUCAGCCGUCAUACGGCAAUCAGCUGGCCCAGAGUCUCGAGGAGCUAGUAGAUCUUGAUGGUUUCCAGUGGGAUGAUCUUUUUUCCGGUAUGGAUGCCUCUACAUUUUUCUGA